AUUACUGUAAGUCUUAUCAAUAAAAAUUAUUGUGUGGAGGAGGGUCGUGUCACAGUUACCAAAUAUCUGACCCACUAUUUUGUUGCGAGUCCGUUGAUGUUUAGCAACUACUAACUGAAUAGCACUAAUCCUUAACCAACCCUGUAAUAUCAAAUGGUAUUGUCACUGGAAAUAGAGGGGAACUGGGAUAUUGUUAUAACGUCCCUUCAGGAUAUUUGUAAUUCUAAUGAAUCGCUUACUUUCGAUAACAUAUACAAAAAACACCUUGAAGAACUAACUCAUGAUGAAGACGAGUUAACUAAACUAAAAGAAGAAAUAAUAGAUCAUAAAUCCAACAUAGGCACAGCCAGACGACUCAUUGACACCUCGCAUGAGAAAUUACAAACUUUGAUAGAGUAUUUACAGAAGCAACUUGAAAAUGAAGAUGGUGAUGGUGAAAGUGAGGCUGCUAUAUCUUCGACGAAAGAAUCAUCAGUUGCUGCAAAUGGUAAAGAAGGUGUAUCUACCAGAAAGGGAGCGGCUGCUGCGGCAGCUGCUGCGGCAUCUUCUACUAGAAGAAGUUCUACACCAUCAAGUGCUGUGAAUUCUGCGGCUUCAAAAUCAUCAGGAUCUGGAACUACACCAGCAGCCAAUACUUCCGAUUCAAGAAUUAAUAAAGAUACAAAGAAAGGUAGUAGUAAGAAGGGAGUUGGAAGACUGUUUUAUACUUCUAAAUUCAAUCCUCUGGAACCCAUAUAUGUUGGAUCAGAAGUUGCUUAUAAAUUAAAGAAUAGACAUUUUGAAGAAUGGAUUCAAUGUGAAGUUAUGAAAGUUAUUGGAGAUGGUAUAAAAUUUGAAAUAAGAGAUCCUGAACCCGAUGAAAAUAAUAAUCCAGGACAAACUUUUAAAGCCAAUUAUAAAGAAAUAUUAUUAAUACCACCUCUUGAAGAAGUUAAAGAAUUAUCAAAUUAUCCUUAUGGAACAAAAGUACUUGCAAGAUAUCCUGAAACAACUACAUUUUAUCCUGCUGUUGUAGUAGGAAAUAGAAAAGAUGGUAGUGUAAGACUUAAAUUCGAUGGAGAAGAAGAGGUCAAUAAGGAAACUGAAGUUGAAAGAAGGUUAGUUGUUCCAUUUCCUGAAAAGUAAAUUAACGUGAAAAUAGUAAAAUAAUUAUAGAAUUAUGUAUAUAUAUAUAUAACUCUGUAUAACAUGUAUAAUUAAGAGGUCGUGUAUAUCGGCUCAAUAAAUCCUGGUCAAUUUUUCA